AUGAACACCGCUGGGGGGCAGCCGCAGCAGGGCCAGGCUGGCCAGGCCGGCCAGUCUCAGUCGCGCCCUCCGCCCAUGUAUCAGCCGGCUCAAAUUAGAAGUCUGCCCUUUCUCAGUGAAGAGGAAAAGGUCAAAUACGAGCAUGGCGUCACGGGCCUCUGGACUCGCAUGAACAGCUCCCCGCCCAACAGCCAGGAUCACCUCGCAGCGCGUAAUAAAAUUAUCGAGUUUUCGCGCAUGCUCAUCAACAAGAUCCAGAGUCGCCGAGCGCAGGCGCAGCAGCAACAAGGCCAGCAGCAAGGUCAACAACAAGGUCAGCAGCAAGGUCAGCAGGUCGGAGCCCAACGCCCCCAAGGACAGACGACCCAGCAGCAGACAGCCGCGGCGCAACAUAAGUCGGCCCAGCAGCCGGCUGCUGCUGCCGCCAAGCCGGCUGGUAAUGCUAAUGGAGGAGCUGUCGCACCAAUCCAGAGUUCGACGGCCGAGAAACCCUCAGUCACCGCAGCCAUUACGCAGCCCAAGGUCCCAGAGCGCUUGAUGAAUCUUGUCAACAAGAUGACGUUCAAAGCGCCCCAUCAUCUCUCUGAAAAGUCUGCCGCUGACGCCGCGAAAUGGGUGGAAGAUUUGAAAGUGCGUUAUGGACGUGCUCUCAUGACCAUGGAAUCUGCCAAGAACAAGGUCGCCAGCAUGGACAAGGUCUUUCAAGAGCGCACCCAAGCCGGCAACCCUUUGAAAGACGAAGAGCUCCGCCAGUACCGCGAGCAUCGAGAGAAGCAACUCGAACUGCACAGCAACGGGCAAAAGUGGAUCGAGACGGUGAGGAAGCAGCAGGAAACUGUUCAAGGCCUCAGCCAAGGUGCAAGUGCAGGUGCUACGCAGAAUAAGGCAAACGGCGCAGCAACGCCGGCAGAGCAACAGAAUCAAAACGUCACGGCAUCAGUCAAUGCCGCCGUCGAAGCCGCCAAAAAUCAACAGCAAAAUGCCGGCCAGCAGCAGACACCGGCGACAAACACCCCGACGCCGCAGCAGCAGCAGGCGCGCAUGGCCCAGAAUGCGGCGGCGCGGGGUGGUGCAGCGGUUAAACAAGAGCCACCGGCCCCCGUCAACACAGCCCUCGCCAACGCGCAGGCACAAACUCCAGCUCAGGGUGCCGCACGGGUAGCCACACCGCAGAGCGCCAACACGCAGGCACACACGCAGCAGCAGCAGCAGCAGCAGCAGCAGCAGCAGCAGCAGCAGCAGCAGCAGGUCGCCCAGCAACACCAACAGCAACAAGCAGCGGGUACACCCACGGUCGGCACACCCGGCGCCGCAAACAAUACGGCCAUUCAGCAGCAACAGCAACAGCAGCAACAGGGUCAUCCGCACGCACACCCGUCGCAGCAGCAAGCGCCCCCUGCUCAACAGGUCAAGAUGCCAAUCCAAAAGCAACUGCCCGAGCGCGCCACGGCGAUCCCCCAGGGGGUGACGCUGGGCGGCGGCGUCGCCGCGGGUAGACCCACGCUCUCACAGGGCGGCGGCACGCUCGGCGGCGUUAUGAAUCAGCCGGCGGUCGCCAAGGUCCCUGCAUAUAGCCACGACGCCGAGGGCGACCACGUUCUCAGCAAGAAGAAGCUCGACGAGCUAGUGCGCCAGGUCUGCGGCGCGCCGUCCGAGGGCGCCUCGGACGGCAAUCUCCUGACACCCGAAGUGGAAGAGAGCGUAUUGAACAUGGCGGAUAGCUUCGUCGACAACGUCCUGCACGCCGCCUGCCGCAACUCCAAGGAGCGCGGCUCCAAGGUCCUCGAGAUUCGCGACAUUCAGCUCGUCCUCGAGCGCACCUACAACAUUCGCGUCCCCGGCUACUCAUCAGACGAGCUCCGCACCGUCCGCAAGGUGCAACCCGCGGCAGGCUGGAUCGCCAAGAUGAGCGCCGUCCAGGCGGCCAAGGUGAUGCCCGGUAAGGGAGAGUAG